UCUUCCAAGCGUUAAGUAAAAACGAAAGAAUAGAAGAAGAAGAGAAGAGAAGAAGAAAGGAGAACGGGAAGGUGGCACCGGCAGAGAUAUCAAGGAAUCAAGAAAACAUUUUCGAUAAAAGGGUAAACAGCGGAUAAGUCGAACAAAAAAGAUGAAGGAGAGCAGCUUAUGGACACUGGUUUGGACAGUGAGUCUAGUAACGAGCCUGACCGUGGCGCAAUCAUCGGUGAACUGCCCCUCGCACAGUGAGAUCUCGCCCUGUUCCUGCACUGUGAAGAAAUCCGGCCUGGACAUUGUAUGCGAGUACACGAACCUCUCUCACAUCGACGAUGUGAUGCGCUCGCUCAAAGGGAGAACGAACACGGUGAUCUUUUAUCUGAGGCUCAGGCAUAACAGUCUGCCGAAGCUGCAGCCGUACGUGUUCCUCGGCCUCGACAUCCGUCAUCUGACCAUUCACAACAGCAGUCUGGCGAAACUCGAGGAAUCGUCUCUAAGUUCUAUCGGGACCGGCCUGACGCAGCUAGACCUCUCGCAAAACUCUUUGCUCUCGGUGCCAUCUAGUGCUUUGAAAGAUCUUCAACAUCUCCUUAUUUUGAAUCUGAACCGCAACAAGAUCAAAGCCAUUCAUAAGAAAGCUUUCGAAGGGCUCGACACUCUCGAGAUUCUUUCACUCUACGAAAACGAGAUUUCCAUCAUAGAAGAGGACGCCUUCAAAGGCUUGCAUAACAGAAAGCUGAGAAGAUUGAAUCUGGGAGGGAACCACUUGACCAAAGUGCCAACGCAAGCGCUACGCGCUCUGGACAUGCUGAAGAAGUUGGAGAUGCAGGAGAAUAGGAUCUCCGCCAUUCAGGAAGGUGAUUUUGAAGGUCUGAAAAGCCUGGAUUCGUUAGGAUUGGCGCACAAUCAGCUUCGCGAAGUGCCCGCCCGUGUGUUCGCCCACUUGACACAAUUAAACUCUUUGGAGCUGGACGGAAAUCAAAUUACCCACGUGGAUCCGGAUGCGUUCAUCGGUCUCGAGGAGAACUUGCAAUACCUGCGACUGGGCGAUAAUAAUUUACACGCGGUGCCAAGCGACGCAUUACGCCGUCUACAUCGAUUACGUCACCUCGAUUUAAAGGCCAAUAACAUAACCUCGCUGCUGGAGGAUGCUUUCACCGGAUACGGGGACUCCAUUACGUUUCUCAAUCUCCAGAAAAAUUUAAUCAAGGUAUUGCCGCCGUUGGUCUUCGAAAAUUUGAACUCGUUGGAAACGCUGAAUCUACAAAAUAACAAGCUGACACGUAUAAAGGAGGAGGUGACUGAAAAUAUCGUGGAUACCCUACGACACAUCGAUAUCACGGACAAUCCUUUGAUAUGCGACUGUGAGCUACGAUGGUACUCCAUUUGGUUGGAAAAUUUACGUGACAAGGAUGAGGAAAGGAUGUCGAGGAAGCGCACCAUGUGCAUCAUGGUCGGCGAACACCGAGAGUACUCUGUUCAAAAUAUACCACUGGAGAGAAUGGGUUGCGUCGGGAAAAACGCUGGAAGAACCUCGUCGACUGGCAGCUGCCGCGUUUACGUCGAUACGAUGCUGCAAUUAGUAACGACCGCCAUCACGAUGCUCUAACUGCGAUGCUCGAUCAUGCGACGCUCGGACACUUCAGUUACCAAUGAUGCGGAUUCAUCCCUUUGAUUCGCGAACACAAACACUUGCUAUCGGCAACGUUCACUUCGUUUAUUUCAUUUUCGUUGCCUAAUGAAUUUAUAUUGUUCUUUCGUCAUCGAGCAAUCAUGCCACGGUCGCGGAGACGUGACAUGAUUGGAUCGUUUAUACUUUUAUUUUUUAAAACGAGAUUUCCUUUCGACGAAUUGUAACUCCACCGUUGCGCAGUUCGAAUAGUUCAAUAAGCACAUUGACAAGCAAAAGCAUCAAGAUCGAUCGUUGAAAAUUUUUUUACGUAUUUUUGAAUAAUUUCUAGAAAACUUUCAUAUAUGAUAUCUGAAUUGAAAGAAAAUUGAAAAUCUUUCUCGACGUUCUUUUGUCUUAUUGACUUUUUCUCUUUGUUCAAGAACAAUGAGCUGAGCAAUGAACGAUCGACGAAUAUUUCGACAACAAAAAAACGAUGAACAAUCGACGAAUAUUUCGACAUAUUGUUCACAAUGUCAUUCGAUCGAAGAUGGAACAAGGUGAAGAACGAGACACGAUUGAGCAUACGGCGUCCACGAACAUCUCGAUCGUCUGACCGAUUGAAAUUCGAUCGUAGCGUUCGGUUCGUAAUAAAUCGAAAACCACGUUCGAAGACUAUUCGAAACGAGGAAAGGAAGAAACUCGAUCGCGGCGUACGAUUAACAGGGUGAAAAAUGGCCCCUCGGUAUCAUAAUAAUUGUAUGAGCCUUUUUCAUCGAACGUUACAUAUCAAGAUCGUUGCCAAGUAUUUUAUGGAUGUCUGUUAAGGCUCGCGUGAACGCGAGAUGCGUAGUAUAAACUUAAUAGAGAAUUCGAAUGUCUGUAGUUUAGCCGUCAUUCUAAUGAUCCGCGGACAUUCAUCUUAUACAUAUCAACGCCCGAUUCCUGAAAUCGUUGGGACGAAAUCAUCGGCAUUUCUUAAUGUUCGCACUUCGUACGUCACAAUCUCACAUAGAGGUAUAGUAAUAUAGAAGUUACCAUAGAAGUAUAGUAAUCUCCAGUUAACAGUUCGUUGAUGAAAAUUAGGAUAAUAUGGGUCAGGUUGCUUGAUUAAUUCAUAUUUACUACGCAUAUGAAAUACUAUAUAAAUAAAGUGUUUUACGAUUGAUUCGAUUGUUCGAUUAUACGAAAUUCACUGAUUUAAUACGAUAAUGUUGGUUCUAUGUAUUUACAUUUAUUUCAAAUAUAUCACGAACGUAUUGCUCGAUCAGCAAUACAUUCGGACCGAAAUUGGGUAAUCGAUCUUCGGGCGGACUCUUUAAGUUGUAAUCCUUGCCGGUGAGAUCUUGAGAUCAUUCAGAUGUUUUAAAUCCAUUCACAAAGGACCGACCAGUCGAAAUGAAAUAACGACUGCUGAUGAAACGUAAUAUACUCAACAGGAAACCGACACUUGUCAAUUCCGGUAGAGCACGAACACGAUCAUUCAAAUGGGUUGUCGCUUCUGUUUUGUGGGCUCUAGACGUCGACACUUACACGCCGCGUGAUAAAAUUACACCGUCUUUCAGCAACGCCGCGAGAUGAGACGGUAAAACGAUCAUGUACGUCGCAGUUACGCUUUUGCCGCACCAUCCUUAAUUUUAACUAGACGCUUUAAAUUCCCCUCCUUGUUAUAGCACGGAUGAUUGUGACGUGCGAACAAUACCACGUUAUGCUUGCAUUUCGAGUUGCGAAACGUGUUCGAAGUUCGUUCGGGAUGCACGGGCGAAUAAAUUUUUUUUUUUUUUUUUUUUUUUUGGGCGCGGGUGAGAAAAUUCGAUUGUUACCGGAAACGAAGAAAGUAUAGAGACAAAUCCUCAUGCAUGUAAUAUUAUAUAUUGUCGAGUGUAUAACAUUAAACGAUAUAGAGAUAUAAUGUAUAUUAUAAGACUCAGUUGAUUGAAGUAUUUGUUGGUAGUAAGCCAUCAUCGAACACCUUUCGUACACUGUAUAUCGCGCGAGAUAUAUUAUUAUCAAUUAUCGAAAAUGCGUUCAGAGAACGUAGCAUCGUAAAUACGUUACACAUGGAAAGUACAUUGUGUUUUAUUAUUCGAUACAUAGAGUAAUAAAAGAGUAAUAAGAUCAAGGCAUUAAUAUUACGAGUAAUAUUGCAUAUUGAAACUAAGUUAAUAAUAUAAUGUUACGUCGUGACACGAACCGUCAUGGAACCUAGUAGAAAUCGAAGGAGAAUUAUGAAAAAUUUCUUUAAUUUAAUUCAAAUCAGAAUUUAUAAUUAUCUAUAAUUAUCAACUAUUCCGUGUAAAAUAAAUAUUAUAAUUUAACAGGUCGGUUUAAUCAAUUUCUUUUCUAAGACAUUUCGUGCUAUAUACUAAAAAUAACGAUAGGAUAAUAAUAUAUUGAAAAAAGAUUUCCUCCUUCGAUUAAGGGGAAAGGUUCGUGCCAACAUCACACAACACACACAUAUCAUUUAUACGCCCAAAAUUUUACCUGUAAAAUAAUAAUUAAUUAAGGCUUCGCUGAUAUACUCUCAAUAUAAGAUCAUACAUAUCGUGAACGUGAGAUUUAAGAGAAUUUAUUUGUUAAUAUAUAUAUAAUAUAUGUACGUUACAUAUAUAUACACAUUAUUACGAUCAUCAAAGAUAUAUUAUAUACCUAUAUAUUAUAUAUAUAUACAUAUACGCAUUGGAUGUUUUUUCUAAGAAGUUUCAUCGAUAUAAAAAUAUGAAAUUGUUGUUUACGUGCUGUUAUUACAGGCGAAUAGCUUUAAUAUAAAUUGUUUAAGAUAAAUAUUUAUUUGACAUAUAUUUCUGUUUUAAAGAAUUUUUUUUUUCUUUUGUUUUUGAGGUUUAAAUGAGAGAAAUAUUAAGUUAAAUUUAAACGAUACGCCGAGUGGAAUUCUCUGCAGGCCCUACACAUAGCUUAGGAUCCGCAGGAGGCAUAUCGCAAAUAUAUAUUUUAUCUGUACACUACUUUAAUACUAAUUAUUUUUCAAGACUUACUAAGUAUUCUUGAAAAAAAAAAAAUGUUCGCUUGAACGACAGGGCGUGAAUAAUUAUAAGUUGACGAAAAGUAUCAGUAGAUGCAGAAACAAAAAGAAUAGUAACGUUAGUAUAGAUGCACUUAUCCAGUGAGGCAGGAGUUUAGAUCCCAAGAUUAAAGACUGAAUCGACGGGAAAAAAAGUAGAAAAACAUACAAAUAUAUCCGUAAAAAUAUAGAAAUAUAGAACUAUAUUAAUCCUAGCGAUAUAUUGAUCAAGCGAUAUUAGUCUCUCGAGCAUUUCAUUUUAUCUAUUAAUAGCAACAUACGGUAUUCGCGCCUUUGUCAAAAAAGAAAAAAAAAAAAAAAAAAGAAAAGAAUCGGUAAGUUAUAGAUUUCCUCCUGAUUAUUGUACUAUCCUCUUCAUUGACAUCUUAUCGGAAAAAAAAAGAACACGGGACUCCUGACUCACGUGGUGAAACAUAUCCUUUUAGAUGAUUGUAGAACGAUGAAACGGGCUAGUCACUUGCGCGUAUUCGCGUCGGAGACACCCAAAGAACCAUGUCGAGACAUAUCUCUGAUGGCCGUAGGUUUUAGUCUCGCCGGCUGCGUUAUUAUUACUAAUUAUUAUAAGCGGUAUUUUUGUACAGUGUCUUACAGUGGUCGGGUCGUUACAGACGCAGCCGACGAGCCAUUCACGGCGUAGCCAUAUUAUAUAUAAUAUAAAUAUAAUAUACAUAUAUUUAUUUCAUUUGUAGCGCGUAACACUCUGAGAACCUUUCUUUAAUGUACACGUAAUACAUAUGCGUGUACACGUAUGUAAGCGUAAAUUAAACAAGCAAAUGAUUUAACAAAAGGACAAAGAAAGUACAGGUAAAAACGAUGUUGAAAAAAGAAAGAAUCUGUUCGCAUAAAUAACAACAACAACAACAACAACAAUAACAACAAUGGAGCUUUUCUCUGCCUUUCUGUCUCUCUUUGUUUUUAUUAAACUUGGGUGGAUGUCUUCACUUGUAUCUAUCUCGGUGCUCUCUUAUACUGUCUGCUUCGUUACCUCAAAGGCUCAUUUUAACUUUCUCACUUUGCAAUUACUGUAUAUGCUGGUAUAGUACACACGUAAACAUCACAUACACACGAAUGACAUGCAAGCGUAGAACACGCGUAUAAUAAACCCUACAAUACAAUAACUACCUACGUAUCUAUAUAUAUGUUAUUUCCUCUUUGAUUAAGGAUAAGUAAUUAAUCUGUAUAAGAGACACACGAAGAUUGUAUGAAAUUGAAAUACGAACGGGAAAGAAGGAUCGGUACACACGUGUGUACUUACACAUGCGUGCUUUUAUCACAAUGGACACAUACACACACACACAUGUACACACAUACACGGAAAAUCCAUGCCUAAAAUGACAUAUCGGUGUUACAACGUAAAUAUAAGUAUGAAUAUAAAUAUAUAGAUAUAAAUAUUAUAAUAUUUAAAUAUUAAAACACAGGUACACACAUGAAAUUCGUCUGUAUAUGUCUAUAAAUAUUGUUACAUAUAUAUAUGGUCAUUAUAAUGAUAAUUACUACGUGAUAUGUAUUACGAAACAUCUUUUUCUCGCAACGGUCCGCGAUACGGGCAUCUACUCAGAUUCUAAUGUCUAUAUGUCAUUGUUUAUUAUGUCGUUAACAAUUAACGUGUAUAUGUGAAACUCAAAACGAAUAAAAAGUACCUAAGCAUA